AUGGCCGACCAAGCUCCCAAGAACAUACGCCCGCUCAACCGAUACAUCACCACCCACAACUCAAGUGGCGAGGCAAUCUUUUCCGAUGCCCUCUCCGAAGAAAUGCCCGUUCAACGCAUGGGCGACGGCGCAGAUUUCAGCCUCGCUUACACCUCCUCCCACUUCCCCGCUCAGCUGAACAAAGAUGCCGAUAUCACCGAGUACAACACAUACCUCAACAGCCCACCUGGUAUCACCAUCUCAACCGGAAACGUCUGCCGAAUCGUGGACAUGCAGCCCGGUGCUACAAGUCCCAUGCACCGUACUGUCUCCCUCGACUAUGGUGUUGUUCUGGAGGGAGAAGUUGAGCUUCUUCUGGACUCGGGCGAGGUUAGGCUUUUGAAGCGUGGAGAUGUUGCUGUGCAGCGCGGGACCAACCAUGCGUGGCGGAAUGUUACCCCCGAUGUCGUUGAUCCGGCCACGGGAGAGAAGACACCACAGUGGGCUCGUAUGCUCUAUGUGCUUGCGCCGGCUCAGGAGAUAUUUAUUGGGGAUAAGAAGUUGGGAGAGGUUGUUGAUGGGAUUGGUGUCAGAGCUAGCACUUGA